AUCUGACGAUGGCUUGACUCCUGUUCACAUAGCAGCCGCAUGGGGACGUUUGGAGGUUCUGCAGCUCCUCCUCAGCUGCGGAGGUGACCCCGAAGCUCGAGACAGCAACUACAUGACCCCCUUCCACUACGCGAAGAAAGAGAAUUUUGUUGAUUGUCUCGAGCUACUCAAAUCACAUUUUGUCAACAAGACGCAUUUCAUUCAAAGAGAGAAAGAAGACUGUAUUUGUAAAAUAGAAUUAGAUAAAGUAAUCGUAAACAAUGGCAGUACUGAAGGCGAGUACAAAUUGCUCGAAGUUACCGGCAGUAUUAAGAAAGAAAAAAGCAUCCCCAAUUUGCAAAACCUACCCCAGUCCGACACUAACGAAUACGUCAUGAACUGGUUCAGCAAGCACGUCGACGACAUUGGGGGGAAAACCUUCAUCAAAGUUCCUGCUACUGCGGGCACUAGCGAAUCCGAGGACCAGAGCUUUUUCUCCUUCGAAAGCUCUGUGGACGAAUCGGAUAACCCCAGCGCCAGGAAGAUAACCCCGCAGGACAUUACUUUCAGGAAGGCCUACAGGAAGAAACGCAAGAUCAGCAAAGACGGCAGUGGGUGUCGUGAACGAACUGACAGAGUGCCCGUAAAGUUAAACACCAGCACCCCCAUGAAAGGAAAUCCCGCCAGAAAGCUAAGCUUCACGCCCGAUGAGUUAUCCCCGAACGACGUUUCCAAAACACCGCCAGAACCCAAAACCGAAGUCAUCUCCAGUGAAAGCGGAAUCGUGACCCUCUCCAACUCCAAAGAGUGCACUCCCAGCUCCUGCAAAGCCGACCACGUGGCGCUACCGCACAGCGUUACCGAUUCGGCUUCUUCGGGAAUUUUCGGUUCCGUCAGCGGUGAGAAGAAGAAUUCCACGAGCAGCGACUACUUGACAUGCACCUCCAAUAGUGCGUUGAACAGAAACGUUUUCGAAAUCACCGAGGAUCUCACUAAGAGCAUCGAAGAUGGGAGCAAAAAGUCUGAUGACGCGGCCAGUACGGACCUGAGUUUCAUGAGCGUUUCGGAGGUCUACAAGUACGAGGAUAUGGAGGAGGGUAUCGUACUGUAUGAGAGAAGGUUGUUGAAGGCGCCGAGUGAGUGUAAUGGUAGCACAAAGACCGCGUCGUUUUCUUCCAAAAUGUCGUCUUUGCCGGAAACUUUCCAAUAUGACGCCGAUACUCUAAGAAGGGAACUCACCUUACACGGUUAUGAUCCUGGUCCUAUCACAGUCACUACCAAGAGGGUGUAUCUGAAGAAGCUGUACAAGUUGACGAAAAAUCCCCUGUUAGUUCAAGAUGUUCAGCAUACCUUUUCAAAGAGAAUAUACUCCGUGGAACUAGAAAAGACCAUCAGGAAUCCCUCUUGGACCGACGACCUGGAGCUCUACAAAAGCCUAGAGGAAACAGUGUCGAAGGAGUUUUCUAAUCCGGAUCCGACCAGAAAGUGGAGAGAAGGUGUCAACAAGUCCUCCUUUACUUAUCUUCUAUUGGAUCCGAGGCUUACCGGCAAUUUACCAUGUCGGGCGGAUUGUAUGAAGCCAAAAGAAGUCUGGGAGACGUUCUUGUCUGCCAUAUUUUAUGUCGGCAAAGGCAAAAGAUCGAGGCCCUACUCCCACCUGUACGAAGCGGUCACCCUGUGGAAGCAAAACAAACGCACCUCCGACAACAAGAAACUCCAAAAGAUCCUCAACGUCUGGCAAAACAACGGCGGCGUAAUCUGCCUCCACGUCUUCCAAAACAUCAUCCCCGUCGAAGCUUACACCAGAGAGGCAGCCAUGAUCAGCGCUCUAAAAGUGGAGAAUAUUUCCAAUGUCAAAUCUGGAGAGUUCUACGGCAUAGCUUCCACCUGGCCGCAAAAGCACAAAAAAAUGUUUGGCGCUUAUUUGCUGUAUAGGGCGAUGAUGAUAUUCGUGAACGAGGGGGAGAGGCAGUUGUUUCCCUCAGAUAUCGAUUAGGAAUUUAGGCUGGGAGUGGUUAGCGAGAAUAUGUCAAAUGUUAAGCUGAGAGAAACAUCUGUCAGAAAGUGCGAAACAUUUGGAAGCUAUUGAAUCGUCUGACAAACAGUGAUCAUUGUAAUGCCAUAAACAUCACGGAGUAACUUACAGAUUGCUACAAUGUAAUUAGUACAAAGCCUCCCGAUUAUCUCUGUCGCUCCUAAAAGUCAUCUGUUUUUUAACUAUUCCUAACUAUAAAAGUGGUUCUAGUAGCUAUUUAAUACGUGUCAUAUUAAUAAUUACCCAUUAUCCAUGGCCUCUUGGAUGCUACUCAAUUAUCAACUAACUCUCUAAGAGAAAUCUUGUGAAACUAAGCUACUACUCAAAUGUCAAGAACAUUACUCAAUAGCUUCUCAAAUAUUUAGGUGAUUAUUCAGAAACUAUACAAUGCUUUCCCUUUGCUCAAAAGUUACUCAACUGCCAUUGAGUGGCUUGAACUAAGUCAGUUGUCUUCAUACGAAACUACACCGCAGUUUCUUGUUCAUCACAAGAGUAUACCUGACCCCAACAAAAGUUAUAACCGCUAAAAAGAAGUUGAAAGCCAGCUACUCAAUUACCUUGGACAUUGGAUGGAAGCUAUUUGAUCGCCUUUUAUUUUAUUGUAAACUUUUCAAUUCCGUGGCUAUUCAAAUGUUGGCCAUCACUUGGAAGCUAUUCUUUCAAGUAAACAUUUUUAAAAGCUAUUCAAUUACGGUAGUAGUAUCUCAGAGGGUGUGUUUCGUCUUCUUUGAGGGAAUUACUACGAAGCUAUUUGAUUCUAUAACUCCUCAAAUUCACAGCUUUACUAUUUUUUCAUGAAAUUGCUCGGAAUCCGUCUUUAUGGAAAGUAAUCAGUAGGGAUGAAAAAAAGUUGACUACUUAGUCACAACAGGAUUUUUUGAGAGCUGUUCACGGGAGUUGCCAAGAAGUUACAAACUUUUAUAGAAAAUCAUUUGAGAAACAAUGUUUCAACGUAAUGACAGUUUCUCAGUAGAAAGAACCACUUUACUAUCAUACGUGAAUUAGUCGAUCAGUGAAAGAUGGUGAAGUCAUUUGAAACUUUCCACUAUGAAACAAUGUAUUCGAAUCAGAGAAACUGAUCAGACAAAAACCAAUGCAGUUAGUCUAUACACAUGAAAAUUUUACAUGUUAAUGCAAUAAAACAAUAAAAUCUAGUCUUGUAGAUAUUACCACUUGAACAAAAAUACUUUAUUUUUAUAAGUAUGGACAUACAAUAUCUAUAUUAUACAUAUAUACAUGAAUGUAAAUAUUUUAUUAGUUUUAUAAUAAAUUUUUUCACAAUUU